AUGGAAAAUAAAAGCAUGCAGAACAGAAGUGUUGCGCCUGUGAUUCUUGGAAUAGAUCUCGGCACUACAAAUUCAUGCGCUUCUAUCAUGAGAGGUGGUGAGCCGAUGAUUAUUGACAGUACGGAAGGAGGACGUACAACACCGUCGGUUGUGCAUGUGUCUGGCGAUGAUAUAAUUGUUGGAGAUCAGGCAAAGAGCAAGAUGUUGACGCAUCCAAAGCAAACGGUUUAUGCAGCAAAAAGAUUGAUUGGGAGGAAGUUUGAUGAUGAUGAGGUGAAGAAGUACGUGAAGGAUUUGCCAUAUGACACUACAUCACACUGUAAUGGAGAUGUAUGGAUAAAGAUCGACGGGAAGAAGUACUCACCUGCACAGAUGGGUGCUUUUGUACUUUCCAAGCUGAAAAUGAGUGCUGAAGCGUUUCUAAACCAUCCGAUAACAAAAUCUGUAAUAACUGUUCCUGCAUAUUUCAACGAUAGUCAGCGACAGGCAACGAAGGAUGCAGGCAGGAUAGCCGGUCUGGAUGUUGUCAGAGUUAUUAAUGAGCCAACAGCAGCAGCAUUGGCUUAUGGCCUUGACAAGUCAGCUAGAGGGAAUGUUGCAGUGUAUGACCUAGGAGGAGGCACAUUUGAUAUUUCUAUACUUGAGCUUAGCGAUGGAGUGUUUCAUGUGAAGGCCACAAAUGGAGACACGUUUCUUGGAGGUGAGGAUUUUGACAAUGAGAUAGUAAAGGUUAUUCUUGAGGACUUCAAGAGAAAGGAGGGGAUUGACUUGAGUGAAGAUAUCAAUGCAAUGGCAAGAAUAAAAGAAGGUUCUGAGAAGGUUAAGAAGGAUCUGUCAACAGUUAAUGUAUCACGGGUGGACAUUCCAUACAUAUGUAAUGGGGAUAAUGGGCCUGUGCAUCUAUCUAAGGUUUUUUUUAGAGACGAGCUGGAGACAAUUGUCAAGAAGAUUGUUGAGAGGACAAUUCUUCCGUGUAAGAAGGCACUGUCUGAUGCAAAGAUGGAAAAGUCUGACAUUAAGCAUGUUAUUCUUGUGGGAGGGAUGACGAGGAUGCCAUAUGUUAGGAAGAUUGUGAAGGAGAUAUUUGGGAUAGAUCCAUCGACAGACAUCAAUCCGGAUGAGGCUGUUGCUAAAGGCGCAGCACUACAAGGGGGUGUUUUGCGUGGGGAAGUUGGUGAUGUGCUGCUUCUUGAUGUAGUGCCACUGAGUCUUGGGAUUGAGCUUCUUGGGGGUGUAUUUAGUAAGGUAGUGAACAGGAAUACAACAACUCCGUUUAAGGAGACGCAGGUAUUUUCAACAUCUGAGGACAAUCAAACAGAAGUGGAUAUUAGAGUGUAUCAAGGAGAAAGGAUGAUGGUGGCAGACAACAAGUAUCUUGGACAGAUUAAACUUAAGAACAUCCGUGCUAUGCCCAAAGGUGCACCAAAGAUCGAGGUAACAUUUGAAUCAGAUGCGAAUGGAAUAUACAAGGUGACUGCACAGGACGGGAUUACAAAGGAGCCGCAGUCAUUAGAAAUAAUUCCAUCGAGUGGAUUAACAGUGGAUGAAAUAGAGCGAAUGGUGAAAGAAGGAAUUGAUUUUUGUGAAGCAGAUGAGAAGAAGAGGAAGAAAGCAGAGUUUGCAGUGAUGGCAAGAGAGCGUAUUGAGCAUUAUAGCAAGAAAGAGAGCACUAGAGAGGAAUCAGAGAAGCUUAGAGAGAUGAUUGAGGGAGACUUUGAGCUGGAAGAUGCUGAAGGGAAGCUUGAAUGGCUGAAGAAGAGAUGA